AUGCAAAUCCAGACUGCAACAGAUGCGAUGAUGUGUAGGGGAUUCUCUAUCACCUUUACUGGAUCCGCUCGGAGUUGGUACUGGCAACUCAAACCCAAUUCUGUUGGUUCCUUCGCAGAACUCAGCAAAUUGUUCCUUACCCAAUUUAUAAGUGGUAAGAAGUGUCAGAAGCCAACUACUCAUUUGUUCACCAUCAAGCAAGAGCCUAAAAAGUCGUUGAAGGACUUUAUUGCCCGCUUCAACGAGGAAGCAUUGCAGGUAGAGGACUACGAUGACAAAAUUGCGCUCUCUGCCAUGUUCAGCAGUCUAAAAGAGGGAAAGUUCACCUUCUCCAUUGGAAAGAAUCCUCCGAAGACAUUGGCAGAGCUCGUCACUAGAGCUCAAAAAUACACUAAUGUCGAAGAGUUCUCCAACUGCCGUAAAAAUGUUCAAGCAGUAGAGCCGCUAACCAAAGGGAAGAGGCAAAAGAAUGAAGAACCCCAGUCAUCCACCAAGAAGUCAAAUGACUGCGCUCCUCGUGAUCAUCGUCCGAGUAAGAAGCUUAAGGGUCGAUUCCGUUCCUACACUCCCCUUAACACAUCUACAGAACAAAUAUUACUGGACAUCAGAGGUCAGAAGCUCCUGAAUUGGCAUGUUUAUAUGAAGGCCAACGCAAAUCAUCAAGACAAGCGCGAGUAUUAUCGAUUCCAUCAUGAUCACGGCCACAACACAAGUGACUGUGUAAAUCUUGAAGAUGAGAUCGAGACCCUUAUCCGUAAGAGUCAUCUGCGCUGA